UAAUAAGUUUUCUUUCAAGAAGUUUUCGUUGAAUGUGUUAAUAUUCCGGUCCUCUGAAAACAUCCUGAUGAUAUGUCAAAAUAACUGUUUUUCUCUAAAACUGUAGUCUGUGGGGUCUUGCUUGAGUUGUUCUGUAGUCUUUUCUUUGACUUGCUUAAACUUGUUCAAAACAAAAUGUUCAAUGUUUAUUUAGCUUUUACACUUUUCUAUGUUGAUAUAUUAUACCUACCAAUAUGAAUAAAGAAAAUAACAGGGGUGCCGCUGGUCUGAGACACUCAGCAAUUGCUGAAAGAAAAAGGCUCAAAGAAGAAUGGUCUGUGCUUAAAGGUAUGGUUACCGAUAAGCAAGAAAAUAGAAAUGUGUUGAAAAAGAAACAAUACAAUUCUAAACCAUAUAAACCACAUUCCAAAGAAAUCAAACAAGCUGGACAAGUGGUUGCAUGUGAAGUUCUCAGAGGAGUGGUAGCACUUGUUGAUGUUGGGGCGGAGUCUCGUGCCUUGGGACUUCGGGCAGCACUGAUGGCACUUGGAGCAAGUGUUGUCCCUGCAUGGAGUCCCCUAGUUACACAUUUAAUAUGGACACAUGGUGGCUGUCGUAAAAUACGUUCUAAAGCACGGGCUCUCGCCUGUCACCUAGUUUCACCUCUAUGGGUAGAAGCAUGUGCGUCAGCAGCAAAAAGGCAGCCCGAGAGGAUAUUCCCUGCACCAAGCAGACCCUCCGAUUUACCUUCACCAGCGACAUUACGCAUUUUACUGAAAAAAGCUGAACACGAAAACAUUCCACUUAUCGAUUUCCUCUCUGACAGCCGAGAAAGUGAUGGAGAAAAUGCUCCUCGACUUCGCGUCUCCAGUGAAACAGCCAGCACCGACAAAAAUUCACACAACAAGUCUACUGAUGAAUCGCACGACCAGGUUAAGGAUAAAACAUUGAACCAGUCUACCAAUGCAAAUGAUUCGCCUAAUAAAAAUUCCCCAAAUCGGGUAAACACGAGGCCUCGCGGUCCACCUCGGACCCCAAUACGCCCGACUAAGACUAGACGAAAGCUGUUCACGUAUAAAGAAGAUGUUAUAGCGGAUUUAAAUGAUGAAAGGGAAACACCGACUCCGGUUCGACCAAAAAAACAUUUGACACAGCAGCAGAGACAGGAGUUUAUACAAGCCGAAAGAAUUGCCAGAAAAUUAAUAAAAACUCCGAUAAGAAAGACCCAUGGAAACGGAAAACCAAUUGUAGGAACACAGCGGAAGAAAAUUGUACCAAGAAUUGUAUUAACAGGAAUGUCAAAAUCUGAACGGAGCGAAGUAUACAAAGCACUGAACUCACUAGAUUGCAAGAUCAAAUCUAAAGUGACAUACAAAACGACGCACAUUAUAUUUGGCUCAUGUCAGGAACAAAACAGAAGUCACAUAAAUCCGGAGUGUAGCAAACCCAGGACGGUUAACGCUUUACUUGGUGCCGUUAGAGGUUGUCGGAUAUUGGGUACCCAAUGGGCAAUUGACAGUGCUAAGGAGGGACAAUGGCUGCCCCACUAUGGAUAUGAAGUGUCGCAUUUACUGAAGAUUUCUAUGAAAGCACGAUUGGAACGCGCAGCUCUCGGUCGUAUGCGUUCGGAAUACGCAUUCGAUAUUUUUAACGGCUUCAAAGUGAAAAUUCAAAGUAAUGCCCCUCAGAAACCAGCUAUAACUGAACUUUUGAUCUUAUGCGGUGCAAUUAUCCAAGAUGGCGACUGUGACGUCACAGUAGGCCAGGAGGAGGGGGAAAUUAACUCUAAAUGGGUGUUUGACAGCGUAGCGAGUGGACGUAUGAGAACUACGCGACGAUAUAUUAACAAUAAUAUACCUGAUAUUGUUAGUUUGACACAGAGUUGCAGUAUUAGUCAUAGAUAGCGUUGACGUUUAAAAGAUGCCAAUAAAAACGUACAAAAUAAAAAGUUGCAUUCACAUACCUGCUUAAGCAAAUUAAUAUGGGAGGUAGUUAAGCGGUUUAGAAAGAAUUCCCCUACCUUAAGAUUCAUAGUCAAGACAUACAUGUAGACGACGUAUGUGGUAGUUUGGACUUUAAGGCCGGAGUUCUAGAACGUCAAUCGAACUUAAAUCAACUUUCUAGUAGAUAGGUAUUCCAUUUUUAUAUGAAGUUCUAGAGAUAAAUUUGAUAGCGCUCAAGAUGAGAUUGUGACUUGAGAUACGAAUAUGGACCUGAACCUUUUCCUUGAGCACUCCCCAAUGCGAAGUCCAUUAUAAUGCAGCAUUUCCACACCACGUUGUACAAUUUUAGCAUGAACUUUACGAAUGUUUUGUCAAGUAUGUAUACGUCAUUACCAUACAGUCGGUUUUCCUUACAUUACUAUACUAUACUAAUAUUAUUCGAACGCUAUACUUUUAGUUCUUCCCUUUAGUUCCAAAUACGCCCGACAGGGCGCUGCUUAAGUUUUUCAUACAACAUUUUAUCCUUAAUAUUUUUAUUAACUUAACUAUUUGUUUUACCGUAAUUACGUGCUUAGAGUAUUGUGUAAUUUUGAAAAAGGGAUUUUGAAAUUUUAUCUUAUAACAGAGUGACUAUGCUUGGCAGUGAUGUUAUGAAAUGCCGUUUUAUUAUAGAACUAGAUAUUUUGAAACUUUACAAAUAAAAUUAAAAGUAAGUUUUGUGGCAUUUGGAAUUUAUUCUCUUGUGUUGGUUUGUUAUUUGUAUAUGGAAUUUUACACCGAUUUUACAUUGUUAAUAAAAUGUUAAUG